AUGGAGCACAACAGUGAUUUGCCGCUAUCUUCAAAUUUUCACAAAGUAAAAGUUCAGCAUUUUAUCCUCGACAUGGCAUGUUCUAUCAGUAAAAAAGAAUUUGAUUGUGAGCUGACAUUAUUUUGCAAGAUGUCCAGUAAUACUGAUUCAGUACUGGCCAGAACACAUGUUAUAAGUAAUACAGAAAACUCAACACAGCUAGAAUGUCUUCAAAAACAAGAACUUUACAAGAAUAUUUGCAAUGUCAAAGAAUCAAAAACAUCUGUGUGCCUGGACUGUUUUGCUCUGGAUAUUUCAUCGUGUGUUUUAUACCCAGUUUUACCAGAUACUGAAUCUUUCAUUAGCACAGAACAAGGAUCAUUGUCAGGUGCUAAACUACAGAUUCCACAUACACAUAUGGACUAUUACCAUAACAUUUAUAUGUGCCUUCAUACGCAGCAGGUGGUUUCUUUGGAGUUCACAGUUACUGAACAUAGUGUUUUGAUUUCCUUGCCUUAUAUUAUGGAUGGCAGAGAUACAGCGGUUCUUAAAAUAUGCUACAGAACUCAGGCCAAAGGACCUUCAUUACUGUGGACAGUUGAUCAGUGUGGAAGACCCUGUGUCUUCACGGUAGGACACCUGCUGAACAACCGAUCACUGUUUCCGUGCCAGGAUCUUCCCCAGGCCAUGUCAACCUGGCAUUGUUCUGUCACGCUGACAGAUUCACAUACAGAAGAAGUGGCUGUGGUCAUGACAGGGGAAGCAGUGCCAGACAUAUGUCUGAAUGCAAAUGGUGAAAAGGUCUUCCACUUCCUAAGCAGUUAUCCGGUACCUGCAUCCACAUUUGCAUUAGCUAUUGGCACUUGGUCAGUCACAGAGAUCAACAAUCCAUCCCUUGUGGAUAAUCCACAUCCAGAUAGAUUUGUAAUGCCUCAUUGCCGCCUUUUCUCACCUGCGUGUCUUCAUGAAGCAAUGGUUGUACAGCUAGGAAAGUAUUUACCUCUGUGCUUUGAGGCCCUCAGUUCAGUACUUGGACCAUUUCCUUUGAAACAUUUGGACAUUCUUCUUGUACCUCAGUGUUUCGACAGUUUAGGUUUGGCCAGCCCUCAUCUGAUGUUCUUGUCUCAAUCACUACUGUGUCCUGACCUCAGCAUGCUCUACAGACUAUCACAUGAGGUAUGCCACACCUGGUUUGGGAUUCUGACUGGACCUAAGGACUGGACAGAAGAGUGGCUGACUGAAGGGAUCUGUUGCUACUUGGAGGACAUAAUCCAUGCUGCAGUGAUGCAGUGGAAUGAAGAAGAGACUUGUGAAAGAUCUACUGUCAGGGCAUUGCUGAAGUUCAGAAUCUUAGCUUCCGAAAUGGACAAUACUUCUGAAGACCUUCAGAUACUGAGGCCAAACAUGGGAUUAGUGACAAACACAGAGGUAACCAGUGCACAGCAGCAGUUUGUAAAAAAUGGUUUAAACCAAGAAAAGACAGUAACACAGGUUCAUUAUUUGAAGGGAUUUUUUCUGCUAAGAUAUUUGGAACACAUUGCUGGAAAAGAAAUCUUUCUGCAAACUCUGAGAAGCUUUACAUCCUUACACCUUGGGAAGCUCUUUUCUUCUCAGGAACUUUUAGACUUCUUUUUUGAGCACUGCCCCAAUUUGAGCAUAUCCGGACUGACUGCUACUGAAGUAUGCCAUGAGUGGCUAGACAAGCCAGGGAUGCCAAAUCAGCUAAAGGAUUUUCCAACUGACAUUGAGAGCCGCCUAGUUGCAGAAGUCAAGAUCGAGAUAGCCCACAUCACAGCAGCAGCUUCUCGAAAACGACAAAGAAGUCAAAAGGCACCAGCACAAACAAAUAAAACUGUCGUCGCCCCGGCCCGAAGGCUUCUCCCGGAGCAGCUGAUUCUGCUGCUGGAGACGCUGGUAGAGGAGGCUGUGGUAGUCAGUGCAGGCCAGCUUAAGAUGAUGAGAGAGACACACAACAUCGGCGAGUCCAAUGCUGAGGUAAAACACAGCUGGUGUGACUUUGUCAUUCACAGGAAAGCUACCCAAUGGAUAGCCGAUGUGGAGAACUUUCUGUUGCAUCAUCAGGCUCUGGGUGUGUACCUCUAUGGGGAACUCCUUAUUAGCAAGCACAAAAUGCUGCGAAACCUGGCAUAUAAAUGCUAUAACACAGUUCAGGCUGACAUGCCAGAAGGUCCAAAGACAGUUCUUCAAGCAAUGUUGUUCCCGGCAUAA